AUGGUCGACAUUUACGCGAAGAUUGAGAGCGAACGACUACGAUACUUACGAUAUAAUCAACAAAAGCUGCGCGCGGAAGAGUACAUUCAUUUGCGAGACGCUAUCAACAACAACGCCGACGUCGCCGAAAUUGGUAACCAUGUCAUUUUACCAUCAUCGUACGUAGGCAGUCCACGUCAUAUGCAAGAAUAUAUACAGGAUGCUCUGACUUUCGUGCGCGAAUAUGGACGACCAUGUUUAUUCAUCACGUUCACAUGUAAUCCAAAAUGGCCAGAGAUUACAUCUUUGCUACUGCCUGGCCAAAAUGCAAUACAUCGCCAUGACAUUACAGCACGUGUGUUCAGACAAAAGUUGAAGUCUUUAAUAAGUUUCAUUACUAAAUCACAUGUAUUUGGUCCCACACGUUGCUGGAUGUAUUCGGUUGAGUGGCAAAAGCGAGGAUUACCUCAUGCACACAUUUUGGUUUGGUUCAUCGACAAAAUCCGUCCUGAAGAAAUCGAUAGUAUCAUUUCUGCGGAAAUUGCAGAUCCAUCCACGAACCAACUGCUGUUUGAUAUUGUUACAACAAACAUGAUUCAUGGUCCAUGUGGUACUCUUAAUACUUCAUCGCCUUGCAUGGCUGAUGGAAAAUGUACUAAAAAUUUCCCUAAAGAUUUUACCAAUGAUACGGUCACAAAUGUCGACGGAUACCCAAUAUAUCGUCGAAGAAAUCCUGAAAAUGGCGGACAAUCAUUUAUUAAAAAUAUCAUCAACACAGACAUUGAUAUUGACAAUCGUUGGGUGGUGCCAUAUUCGCCUCUGUUGGGACAGAGACAGCGAUUGAUCGUGCAAUAA